GCGUGACUAGCGUCAGACAGCUCCAGACACAGACAAUAUUUUGGAGCUGGUCUGGUGAAAGUUAUGAUCGCUCGCGGUCUGUUUUCAAGACUCCACCUUUCUGUGAAGCCAUCGAGCAUCACCCCGAGUUGCCGAACUUUUUUUCGGGUCGUCGAUCCGGGUCGAGUUGGUGCGGCGACUCGUCCGCUAAUUUCACCUCGUGCUUCGUUCCUCAAAACUUCAGCCGUGAGUUCUGCCGCCUCCCAGGCACCUUCUGCCUCCGGUUCGUCACCAGCUGCUUUCUCGACGAAAGCGAUGGACACCACCGACAGGGUAGAAGAUCCGAAAAAUGUCAGCGAGGAGGAAUGGCGACGUAAGCUGGACAAAACGACCUUCAAAGUGUGCCGACUCAAGGGCACGGAGCACCCCGGCUCUGGGAAGUACUUGCACCAUUCGGAGAAAGGUACCUACAUAUGUGUGUGCUGCCGAGCCAAUCUAUUCCGUUCCGAGGACAAAUUCAAUCACUGCGGAUGGCCGAGUUUCCGGCAGGCGAUGGACACCGCUAAAGACGGGAAAGAAGACGCGACAAAUGUCAAACGGGAAUAUGACAGCUCUCACGGAAUGGAACGCGUCGAGGUUCUUUGUAAAAAGUGCGAUAGUCAUCUUGGGCACGUUUUCACCGACGGUCCCGAACCCUUCGGGAGACGUUUCUGUAUAAACUCGGUCUCUCUGGAUUUCGUGAAGGAUUGAUUUUGAUAUUUUUGGUAGAAUUUCGGUCGGAACUCGAGGCAUGAGUAGUCAGUCGAGGAAUUCACGUGUUGGUAUUGUGUCCGUGAUGAAGACUUUAGCCUUACACAAAA